AUGACUCCAUUCCUGAUUGUUUCCACAUGUAUAUUCCCCAUCAUCCUCUCUGCUGAGGUUCCUGAUAAACACUGUGAAGAAUCUGCUGUUUUCAUCGCCAUACAGAGAGAAACUCCCAUUAUUAACCCAACCGCGCUGAGACUCAGUACUGAUGUCUUCAACGGCCCCAUCCAUCAUCACAUGGAGCUGCACCCCCUGCUGGUGAAGAUCACAGAUACUCCUCAGUUUCAGAGACUGAGACACAUCAAACAGCUGGGAGGAACAUAUCUGGUGUAUCCGGGCACUUCCCACAAUCGCUUUGAACACUCACUUGGUGUGGCGUAUUUAGCAGGUUGUCUGGUGAAGGUUCUUCAUGACAAUCAGCCCAAGCUCAACAUCAGCGAACAGGAUCUCCUGUGUGUUCAGAUCGCUGGUCUGUGUCACGACUUGGGUCAUAGUCCAUUUUCUCAUGUAUUUGAUGGCCUGGUUAUUCCUGAAGUCCAAAAAAUAAAACAAUCUAAAGGCUUGCCUGAUGACAUCCCUGAAAAGUGGAAACACGAGCAGAUGUCAGUUCAGAUGUUCGAUGACAUUGUGAAGCGUCUGAAGGCUGAGAAUGAAGACGUGUUGAAAGAACAUGGACUGGAUGAUGAAGAUGUGAUCUUCAUUAAAGAGUUAAUCGAAGGGGCAAAAACCUCAGAGUGGACAUACAAGGGCAGAGAUGCAGACAAAUCCUUCCUGUAUGAGAUCGUGGCAAAUAAACAGAACGGCAUCGAUGUGGACAAAUGGGACUAUUCUGCACGAGACUGUCAUCACCUCGGCAUCCGAAACAGUUUUGAUCAUCAGCGUCUGCUGAAGUUUGCUCGAGUCUGUAAAGUGAACGGGAGAAAUCACAUCUGCUUCAGAGACAAGGAGGCUGAUAAUGUUUAUGACAUGUUUCGCACCCGAUACACUCUCCAUCGCCAGGCCUAUCAGCACAAGAUCUGCAACAUCAUCGAAGACAUGUUUGAUGAAGCUCUCGUACGAGCUGAUCGUGAUCUUCAUGAAGGAAAACCUGAAGAUAUGCUGAAGAUUUCUGAAGCCAUAAAGACUGCAGAGGACUACAGCAAACUCACAGAUGAGAUCUUUGAGCAGAUCUCGUCCUCCACGUCUGAUAACCUGAAGGAAUCUCGAGACAUCUUGAACAAGAUCGUCAGAAGAAAACUGCCAAAGUUUGUUGGAGAAGCUCGACUGACUGAGAAAAACAUCUCAAAGGAAGAGCUGAAGAAAACAUGGAAAGCUGCAGUACAGAAGUACAAACCUACAGACCCCACUGUUUCUCUGAACGCUGACGAUUUACCAGUUUAUGUGGUUGAUCUGGAUCAUGGCAUGAAGGAACAAAACCCCAUUGAAAACGUCUAUUUCUACAGCAAGAGGAAACCCAAUGAAGCGUCUGCCAUUAAGGAUUAUCAGCUGUCCAGUCUUCUGCCGAAGAGGUUUAAUGAAGAGCUGGUCAGAGUUUACUACAAAAGAACUGAUGGGAAUAAAGAGGAGAUGAAGAAGGUGGAGGAGGCUGAGAAGUGCUUUCAGAUCUGGUGUGCCUCCAAUUUUGAACUCCAUUAAUGUGCAUAUGAUUUAUAAUA